GGCGGUCACGUGACCUCACAGCUGAUUCCGUUGGACGAGGUGUUGUGCUUCGACGGUUCAUCAUUUCAUGGAGCCAUUACUGGUUAGCAAAGCUGCAGAGUAGCAUAGCAGCCAUCGUCAGUUGGACUACUAUAUACUAUGGCACAGGCGGCGCCGGUGACUGUUUUCGACGCAAACAACUCUCAGAUACAAGUGGAACACGAUAAAAAGCGUCGGCAGUUUGUUAUAAGACUAAAUGGAUCUCAUGAUCGUGCAGUUCUUCUGUAUGAUUACGUUGGGAAGAAGACGGUGGACUUGCAACACACUGAAGUUCCAGAUGCUUACAGAGGUAGAGGAAUAGCAAAGCACCUGGCCAAGGCAGCCAUGGAUUUUGUGGUGGAAGAGGAUCUGAAAGCUCACUUGACCUGCUGGUACAUUCAGAAAUACGUCAAAGAGAAUCCUCAGCCUCAGUACUUUGAACAUAUUUAUCAAUGACCAUACAUGGCUCCGACAGCGAGGAGAAGGAGAAAGAGACUCUCGGGGAAUACAUACUGUGUGACAUCAUGCUUUGGAGUUACAGGCUGACAUACAACAAAGGAACCAGCAGGCUUUGUUAAACAUGACAUUGAGUGACUCCAGAGACGACUGAUCUCACGGCACAGAUGUCCGUGAGCUGAAUGUUGGGUCUUUGGGUCGGUAACACAGGGUUACGCCAGAAACAGGAAGUGAAUCAGCUGGUCAUCACUCAUAACAACAUGAGCAAAUGAACUAACCUCAGACAGAAACUUUCAGGAUGCAUACUCAUCACUGAUCGGAAGCAAAGGUCAGGCCUGUGAUGGGCACAGAUGUGAGUCAAAUCUUAUCAAUUUUGUAUUGUCUUCCUCUGGACUCAUUGGAUGUGAGCAGCACGACUAGAUGACUGACCCAGCUGUCUUUCUCCAUGAUGGGGAUGGCGGCGUUUCUGAUGCUCAAACAGGGAUGAAUUUUACAUUUCGACCCUCUUCUGAUAUUUUUUGGUUUUAUUAUUGUUCCAUUUUUGCCUCCUUUCUUAGAAAUAUUUUUCUUCAUGCUGAAAUGCUAAUUUGAUGACUUGUGAAUGCUAAACAAAUAUUUUAAACAUGUUAGUUAUAAGAGUUUGUUAUGAAGAAAUUGCAGAGAGGAAGAGAUUGCAGAGAGGUAUUGGCAUUCAUUUGAUGGGUACUGGGAAGUUAAAUAAAUAAAAGAUAAUCUUUAUUUAAAAUGUAUUCCCCCCAAAUCUCAAUUUGGUUCCACUGUUACUCUAUCAACUCUCACUCUUUCAAGUAACAAGUGUACUGUUCUUUAUUGGAGUCAUAAAUUGAUCAGUCAAAGAUGCAGGGAUUUGUAAACCAAAGAACACAAACUGAGGAUGUCCAACUUUGAAGACAAAGCUCAUGCAAAUGUUACAUAUUACAGACACGUGUGAUAAAUUGGGUCUGAAGCUUGUCACUGUGUGGUACAACACUUCAAUGUGGAUAUUAAUUCAUAUAUCUGCCAAAACCAGCAUUUUAAAAAUCAGCACUGUUAUAUUCAGGGCAUUUACAUUGUAUGGUGUCCAUUGUCCUUUGUUCCAUUUCUCAGUAAAAUGACACUGGAUGGCC